GUUUUCCUCCUCUUCUCACAGCUCACCAGCAAAUCUUCCUUUGAAUCCACUCCAGCUUCUCAAAACCGUUACAGUUCACUUUUCACACAAGGAAAUUUUGGGUUUUAUCUGAGGGUCUUUGCUGCUGCUGCUCGCUCUCUCUAGUUACUUCUUUUCGGUAUUCAAAGGAGGAGACUUUGGAUUGGUUUGUUGAAAGUGCAGAGUUUUGGUAACCGAUUCUGUUUUUGGUUCAUUCCGGAAACCCAGAUUCCAAGUUCGGUUCUUUUUUUAUCCUCUGACCAAAAUUUGAUCUGGGUUUUAAAUUUCCCCUGCUUUUUUUCCAAUUAGGGUUUGUUUAUGUACAUUUGAUUGGAAUCUUCUUUUUGAUUUGAAGACCCAUCUCAAAUUCUCCUCAAUUAAAGCUUUGUUUUACGUCUAAGAGAGCGAGCAGGUGCGUCCAACGUUUCUUUUUCAAUGGCUGCAUCAAAGAACAGUGGCAAGUCCAAGAAGGGUGUCGAUGAAACCCAAAAGAUGAAUUUGGAGAUUGACAAAGGAAAACGAGGGUUUGAUCUUCGGCCGGAGAGGCGGCACUGGAAGCCAUUUUUUGAUGAAGCUUCCGGGUCGCAGAGUCCUCUCAAGAAGAUAUGUAACCCCGAACUCCAAUGCCUAAUUCAAUCCUCUGUUUCUUCCUCUGCUUCAGCUAGUUCAGUUUCUUCUUCUAUGACUUCUUCAAGGCUUGUAUUUCCUUUCGCUUUUGAAGGAUCACAGCAACAACAACAACAAUCUGUUCAAUUCCGUCACCAAUAUAGAACAACUACUGCACCUAUGUUUCCACCCCCUCUUCAAUUGACACCAACUCAGCAACAACAGAUGAUUUCAUUUGAUCCAAAUCAACAACAACAACUAAUUGGGUAUCCACCAUUUUUCGCGGGUUAUCCGAUGACCCUUCACCCACAGCAGCAUCAGCAACAAUUGUUUAAGUAUUGGACUGAUGCACUGAAUUUGAGCCCAAGAGGAAGAAUGAUGAUGAUGAUGAACAGGUUGGGGGGAGAUGGCAGACCAUUGUUUAGGCCAUCAGUGCAGCCUCUGAACACCUCCAAGCUUUACAGGGGAGUGAGGCAGAGGCAUUGGGGCAAAUGGGUUGCUGAGAUUCGUCUUCCUCGCAAUCGUACUCGCCUUUGGUUAGGCACAUUUGACAGAGCUGAAGAUGCUGCCUUAGCCUAUGAUCGUGAGGCAUUCAAAUUGAGAGGAGAGAAUGCAAGGCUCAAUUUCCCUGAACUUUUCCUUAAUAAGGAUAAAGUAACAUCCAAUGCUCCAAGCUCAACUGUGUCCUCUCCACCAACUCCACAUCAAAGCAAGAACCCUGAACUGCCUCAACAAGUACAAGAAGUCCUACAACUGGAGUCUAUUAAGGCAGAAGCAAUGCCACCACCGGAUCAGCCUCAGCCAGAUAAUCCCGAGAAUGAUUCAGGAUUAGGGUCAAGCGAGGCUACCGGGAGCGAUGAUGUUCAGGAAGUUGCAGACGGUUCUGGUGCCGGGGAAGGUGUUUCAGGGUCUCAAGAGAUGAUGUGGGGAGAUAUGGCAGAUGCAUGGUUUAAUUCAAUUCCAGCAGGUUGGGGUCCUGGUAGUCCUGUUUGGGAUGAUUUGGACACCACUAACAAUCUUUUAUUGCAAUCACAUCUUCCUUUUGUCAAUCCAAAUCAACAGGAGAUUAAUUUUCCUGACCUCCACAGCCAGCAGGACAACAUUAAGCCUUUCUUCUGGAAGGAUCGAGAUUGAUUUCUUUUUGUUUAACAAUCUUAUGGAGGGAGAUUUUUCCACCACCUCCUCAGAUUCUUCCUUUUACAUGUUGCAGAUUCUUCAGGCAAUCUUAUCACUCACUGGUUGCAGAUUUUUCACUAGACAACCUGUGGUUCAUUUGAAGCUUCACUCCAUCUGCUGCAAAAAGGCUGCAUAUUUCAGGCCUGGAAGCAGCAGUUAUCUGGCUCAUAGUUUACACAUUUUCAUGCAUUGCCAGAGCAUCUGUUAUGCUUGUGUCUGUUUUCUUUUUUUCUUUUUUUUUUCCUUUAUAGGAUGAUAUAUGUUAGAGAUGUAGAAUUAGUAGAUUAAAUAAUGCUAGGACCAGCAUGGAGUGAGACAGUUUUGUGAUCUCCCUCUCCACUGGUCUAGCUGUCCAUCACAAGCUUUGUUUUUUUAGCUUGGAGGAUGAAUCUAUUUGUAGCUUCUGUGUACAUUUGUGUUAUCUAUCUUUAAAACUUCUGAUGUUUAUGUUCA